CGCUUACGCUGUCAGUCAAUUUUAACAGAUUUACGAGAUCAGUUUAUAGACUCCAAUGAUCAAUUUCAAUUUCAUUUUCACGACUUUGACUUCAGAAAUCAACACUUUUGGUGUGAUAUCGCUGGACUAAACAGUUUCUAUGAACAUUUUGACGUCUUCGGUGGAAUGGCACCAAAAGCAGCAAACAUCACAUGGGUAUUAGAUGACGAUGGUCUAUAUAUCAAUGAUUCUGCAAAUGUGUACCUUUCGUGGUGGGGAUGGCAAAGUUUCCAUUAG